AAUUAAUAUACAACGUCACGACAUAAAGAAACGAAUAAUUAACUAUAUCUAAUAAGUACAGCUAAGAAUAGUUAUAUGGUAUGUGACCUUAUAGUAAAGACUUAAAUUGACUCAGAGAAUCAGUGUUUCUGACGGAAACGUCCAAGUUGUUAAAGUCUUUCGAAGCGAGGUAGGUUGGUUUAUGUUUGCCCCAGUUCGUGUUGACUUUCGGGAGAUGGAGGUUGUUACACGAUCUUGUACUUGCAAUGUUUCAAACACAUCUGUAUUAUGGUGCUUGAAAUAUAAAUGCCUGCAAAAAGGCCAAGGAUAAACAUGCGCGCAUAACAUAGAUUAACUGAACAGCUCUUUAAAAUAAUGGUGGAGUCAGCAAUACUUUUCAAACCUAAAGUCUAAAACUCCCUAACUCAGGGAGAAAUAAUUUUAUCAACUCAAAACGGUUGUUGAACACUCUACUGUCUAGGAAACAUGCUAGCUUUGUGGCUGUCGUAUAGUUUAGAUUUUAGAAUUUCAUUACAUCAUCGUGGAAACAAACGAUCUUUUAACUGCCGAAGCCAUAAUUAUAAAGCCUUUGUUUAUAGGACGAAAUUAUUUAUGCAUUGCUAUGGUUUCAUCAGAGCGUAGGUAUCUAUUUGAAAAAAAGAGACACUAUUUCCAGAGAAAAUCGACACGAAAGUUCUCAAUUAUGUAACUUUCCCUAGAAAUGAUUUCCUUUGUUUGUGGUUCAUGACAACGACUCGAGAUAUAAAAUGCUUCAAAAAAUGCCAGAGCGAAUCAAAAACGGGUGCUAAACGGGUUGGAAAGAAGAUAGUGUAUACGUUGGUGACAUAUUUACAUAAAGUUAUAAAGAAGAUAGGUCUCAAUGGCUAAACGUUUCGCGUUUGUACUUUUAUCACUUGUAUUCUUCACUGAGCGCAUGACUGCAUCGCUCGACUGUGAAACGAAUUCUGAUUGUGACGAAGCCAAUGGCCUAUAUUGUUGCAGACAGAUAAAGAAAUGUCGUUCGAGUUGUGAUCGAGAAGUUUGUAGCUCAAACGAAGAUUGUGGCUCAGCAGAUCUGUGUUGUUCGAGUAACAAAGAUUGCGUGGCAAAUAAAACAUCAUGUUCGAGUUCAAAAGCCAUUCUUAGCACAAAGUAUGUUUUCAUCAUUGUGAUCGCCGCUCUUGGUUGUGUAUGCGUCAUUGUUGCCAUGGUGUGUUCGGCCGCAUGCGCACGAAAGACAAUAGAGAGUUCUGGAGGCAACGUCAGUGGAUACAUCAAUGAAGCCAUGGAAGAGGAGGUGGUGGCAGGGGGGAAGGCGGCGGGGAGGGAGGCAGCGGGGAGGGAGGCGGCGGGGGAAGAGUUGACGGUGGAGGACGUUUAAAAACACCUUCGUUUAACCCACUGAUCUCCAAACUAAGGCUGGAAUGCGUAUCUGGGUAAAUAAGAUAUUUUUCACGAAGCGGCCAUGUUGAAGAGACCUCAAAAACGUGACCUGUUUUAGGAAUGCUGUGAUUUACUGCAAUUUUAGGAAUGCUGUGAUUUACUGCAUAAUUAUACACCCUAUCUGAGACACUCAAAGAAAUAUCAAACACUCUUUGUUAGAGUGAAUGAAUAGUUACAGUUCUACAAGCUGAAGCGAGGGCAAUCGUUCGUCAAACGGAUGUAAAUGCCCACAUAAUGCAGACUGUUCAUUAUGGCUUCAGAGUCAUUACGGCCCGUUUAUACUUGCAAUUUUUCGCCGCCAUUUCUAGUGCGAUUUCUCCUUCUGAUGCAUGUGAACGAGUGAUGAAUGUUCUGAGACUCCGAGUAUAUGUGGAAGAGAUUAUUUCGCUGGCCUCAGAGUGACAAAACGUAACAAAGCAACGGUUUUACUAACACUAACACUAACCCUACUCCAAACACUAACUCUAACCCUAAUCCUUACCCUAAACCUACUCCAAAUUUGUUUCUAAACCAAUCUUGAAGAAAAAAGUUUUGACGAAAUGUCAUUCUGAGCUGGUCAGCGAAAUAGUUGAUGCCAGUAUAUGUACCUUCAUCUGAACAUUCAUAACUUGAUGCUUGUGAUGUUACUCUGAGUGUAUAUCCACACCGGGCAAGCUUGAAACAUAUGCCUGGCCACGGUGGGAAUCGAACCUAAGACCUUUGGAAUACUAGCCCAAUGCUCUGCCAACUGAGCUACGCGGUCAGGUCGGUUCGAGUAUGUGAUAUUUCGGAACAGAGUCUAGUUCCUUCGAUAUCAUUGUAAUCUAGUAAUAAUGAUUUUUUCUGUGUUGGUGUAGUGUACUCAGGUGAGUAUGAUGCUUGUGAUGUUACUCUGAGUGUAUAUCCACACCGGGAAAGCUUGAAAAAUAUGCCUGGCCACGGUGGGAAUCGAACCACCGACCUGACCGUGUAGCUCAGUUGGCAGAGCAUUGGGCUAGUAUUCCAAAGGUCGUAGGUUCGAUUCCCACCGUG